GCGCGCGCAACUUAUUUGUUGUUAGUUAAAAAUAAACAACAGUGUUAACCGUUUUUUUCUCUUUAACAGACAGUCAAUUCUUAAGCACAUAAUCAAGAAUAAUUGUAUACACAUACGAACGGCUUAUUUCAUCGUAUGACAUCAAUGGAUUGUUUGUAUUUUUUUGUUUUGGCCUUGACCCAAAUUAUCGACAAGCCUAUCGCGCUGGCUCCCGUUUCAUAGCAAGAAAACGAUACAUUGAACGGUCGAGUACGGUCAAGCAGGGAAUCAGCCUGUCGGCCUCCGGAGUGACACUAGCUGGAAAUUUUCAUCAGAAAAACGCGUACAACGCUUGAUACGACCACUGAUACAGUGUCAGCUUUGUGAAUAAGUUAUGGACCAACCAGGUGAUGAGGGGGAGAGGAGAGAAGUGAGACGGCCAAUGAACGCUUUCCUGAUCUUUUGUAAGCGCCAUCGUAGCAUUGUGAGAGAGAAAAACCCCGAUCUCGACAACCGCAGUGUGACUCGUAUCCUUGGUGAUCUAUGGGCAAAGCUAAAAGAUGAUGAGAAGACAAUGUACACAGAUCUGGCCAAACAGUACAAAGAUGCCUUCAUGAAGGCAAACCCAGACUACAAGUGGCACAAUCCGGAAAAGGUUGCAGCUGGCCAAAAAUCUUCUCCUGAAGGCCCGAAACUGUUGAAGAAUGAGAUCAAUGUUUCUCCAGAGGGACCAAUCAUGCCUGGAAAACUGGCUGAUCCUUCCAAUAUGGGUGGGUUAAGUUUGUUGUUGCUGGCCGGAGAGCAUACCAACCAGGUUAACACCCCUCUCAGAAUGGGAAACUCCACACAGGCCCAGGACCAGUCCAUUCAGAGUGGUCCAUUCGGAGAUUAUCUGAAACUUGAGGGAGGAAAUGGAGAAAAGCUGGUGUCUUCCGAUGUAGCAAGAUGCAAGCAGUUGAGUGUUGAAACUCCAAAAGAGCAGAUGAAAAUAGAAAACAGCCUGUCAAACUUGUAUUGGUUGAAAAAUAGCCAGGUCCAAACCCAAAAGGUUCCUAUAACUGAAGCUCUUCCAUUGGAACCACCAGAGCAGGAUGCAGUUGGGUUGUGUGCCGAUGUUGUAUCAGAUAGUCCACCAAAGGAUGUUGUGAUUGCUAAACAUAAUAGAAGCUUGGGAGACAUGGAGAGUCUGUCAGAUGAUCAUGAAAAGGAGAAUAUACAUGACUUUCAUGAAGUAGGUGUCGUGAAUGAGGAUGUGAAACAAGAAGAAUCAACAAUGGUCACCUGUGGGAAGAUGGUUGUUAAUCACAUAAUAGACAAACUGUAUUCUUCAGAUAUCUCUGUGGCAGCUAGAAAGGCGAUAGCAGAAGCAGAGAAUAAGUCUUACAUGGGUAGUUCCAUCAUUGAUGAAGAUUUCAGCAUUGGUAAAAGAGAUGCAAAAUGUGAGUACAGUUUUGAUGAUGAGAAAACCAAUGACAGUCAUCCUGACUUUGUUAAAGGCUUUGAAGAUAACAAUAACGAGAAAACUGUCUAUGAGAGUGAUGGAUAUCCUGAGAUCAAGCGGUCAAGAAAGCGACAGGUGUCCCAGAGUUCCAGUAAAGGGAAUGAGUCAGCAGAAUAUGAAGAUGUAGAUGACUGCCAGCCGUUGAGGAAGUCUAGACGUAGGAACAAGGGGGCAAGGUACCAGAAACUGAUCAGCGAUGGGAUCAUUCAGCCGUCUAAAGAAAGAAUAGCAGCAAUGAAUAACAGCGGUGGCAAAGAUACAAGCACCGACGAGAGUUCUGACGCUUCUCCUGCCUUCAACUCUUACAUUCUGCCUGAGACGGCCAUGAGGAGGUUUCGCAAGAGGACGACCUCAGAGUCAGCCAAGGACAAGAUGAUACACACAUAUGAUAUGAGACGAUACAAGACUGGUGAUUUUGACCUUGAGGCCCAGAUCGCAACCCUGCCCGCGUGUGUUGUGGAGAACAUGGGACGUAAGCGAGGGUUUGCACGCCAGCGACACAACAGCGAGUGUACACACACCCAGCGGAAAACCAGCGACCAUGACGACAGGCAUUGCUUCAUAGAACCUCCUGUGUUUGACAUAGAGCGGGCGGUGUGCCUUCCACCCCACAUCAGGAGGCCUUCUCUUGACCUGGACUCUGAGCCCGUUGUGGGCUCAAGGAAAAGGAAAGCCCGCAAACACAGUAUCACCCACCUCCUACCCGCACCUGCAACAGCCAAACAUGGGGGUAAAGAUAAGCAGACGAAUCAAGAAACAGGGUCUUCCAAAGAGGGAGAAUCAAGGUUGACACCAAAUGAUAACCAAUCUGUUGAAAACAUGGAAUCAGCAAGAAAUGAUUGUAGUAUCGACAAAUUUAAAGACAAAACAGACUUGAAACCUGUUACAGAAACCGAUUGUGAAACAUGUUCAGCUAGGAUGAAAGGGAAUGAUCAUGAGAUCCUCGAAACAGACUCUAGUUCAUCAUGUACAGACAGUAGAUCUUCGAUUGAAUGUGGGACCAAACAUACGCCUAUGAUAACAGGAAAUGAUGUCACUAAUGCAAAAAAGGUUUCCAGAUGUGACAUCACUAGUGAAGCAAAUGAAACAGGAAGUGAUAUCACUGAAUCAGAUAAAAUAUUGUCUGGUCAGGUUUUGCAAAUGUCUGAGAGUCCAUUGAUUGGGAGACAGGAAAGUUGUGAGGUGGUGGCACCAGUCAGCUGUUAAACCCAAGAUCAGUUUGACCAGCACAGAUGGCAAUGAGAGGGACAUGCAGGUCUCAUGAACCUCACACUCAUCUUUAAAUGUAGACCUGCCAUUAAUUGGCCAUAGAAGUCUGUAUAAAUAAGUUUCAGUUUGUUAGAUCAGCUUUUACAUGCUCAAUUGACACAAGCUGUACCAUGUCCUCACUGAUAUGUUUUGAGAAGUAUAUGUUUUUUAUAUCAAUGUUGUUGAUUGAUCUGUUGAAUGUGAUUUUAACAAAUAUGCUGUAAUUUAUCAAAACAUAUGAGUUGCUAAGUUUAAAUUGGAAUAUCAUUGAUUAAAUGUUUAAUUAUAUGAGGUUUUCUUUAAGAAUGAUUGAAAAUCUGAUUAGAUCCAUUGCUUCUAUCUAAUUUACUUAGUUGCACAAUAAAAUUUAAAGAGAAACAGUAUUUUAAGUGCUCAACAAGCUUUAAAACGGGUUGAAGAUGUUUUUAUGAAUUUUAUAUGAAAAUGCUACAUUCUGGAAAGUUACACAAAAAUGCUUUUUGUGAAAAUGAAUUAAAGUGCUAUAGAUACUCAAAAGAGAUAUUUUGUGAAAAUAAACUUAAGUGCUACAAUUUGUAAAAUAUCGCAAAAAAGGCUUUUUUGUGAAUAAACCAAAUUGCUACAUUUUUUGAAAGUACACAUAGUCAUGUACAUGGUUGUAUUUUUUUAUACGUUUUGAAAUUAUAUGUGUAUUUUUUCAAGUGCUAGGGACUGGGGCAUUUAUUUAUAUUAAAGUAGUUUUACGUAAGAAAAUGAAAUAGUUAUUAUUCGUCACUAGAUCUGUUUUACCAUGUCUAAUUUUGUUGAUGAUAUUUUUUAUUCUCUACAGCUAUUUUUGUCCGAGUCAUACAUUUUUUAAGUUCUUUUUAACAUUUUUUUCUUAUUUUUUUUCCUUUAAGAUGUGCCAUUUAUUGCUCGGAAGUUCAUCCCUUGUUGUUGCAAUUUUGUAUGUUUUACAUCAAAGUCGUAGAAUCUGUAUAUCAUAGAAAGUGAAUAUCAUAAAAAUCAUUGUCAAUCCUUCCUGUUCGCUUUUUGCUGUUGUAUACAGUGGGUUUUUUUCUCACCAUUUUAGGAAUUGUGCCAGAGCCUUUCAGAUUUAUAAGGAAAAAUGUGUUCCAAUAAACAAGAAAGCUAAAAAAAUAGACAAAAAGAUAAAUGAAUGUCAUAAAGUUGUUUCUUUAAAAAUUCAUCCGACAGCUCUUCCAUUCAAAAACAGACCCAUUUCUUUCAUUAAAAAUCAAUCACAAACAAAACCAUUUAUUUUUGAAUACCUUUAAUUUUAAAAUUUGGAAAAAGUGUAAGAUUUAGCACAGGGAAUGGGGCGGACCAAAUUGGUCAGAAAAAAACAACACUAGUAUGUACAGUUUCGACAUUGGUCAUCAGCAGCAUUUGUUGACUAAUAAUUAUAGAAUAUUAAAAAACACAACUGAUACAUAUAUAUGUCAGUUACGUCUUUAACUGAAUUUCGGAAAUUAUUUGUACUUGUUCAUUUAUUAUGUUUUCCGGUGGUUUAUAGAGAUUCAUCAGUGAAAUAAAAAUGAUAUUUCUCUGUUUAAAACAUAUUGUUAUACUUUUUGAGUUGGUUGUGCUUUUCGAAGGGAGAGCAUCUAGUCGCUUCUAUGUCUGUCCGUCUGUCACACCAUUGUCUGGAGAAUAACUUAAAAAGCAUUGAUGGGAUUGUAAUGAAAGUUUAAACAUACACGGAGAGCAAUAUGCAUAAGUGCAAUACGCCAGAACCAAAAUCAUAGCUUCAGUCAUUGGUGAAUUAUCUCCCCCUGUACACUGUUACAGUAUGCAUUUAUUAGGAAGCUGUUUGUCUGAACAUAACUCAAACAAUACUGAAGAGAUGUAAAUGAAAAUUGGUAUAAUAAAAUAAAUAAAUAGGAUGCAAUAUGCAAAUGCUUUAAUCCUACUUUCCAUUUUUGUUUAUUAUUUACCAUACGUUUUUAAUUGAUUUUUGUCUGGUGCCAAAAUCUUUCAAGAUAUAAUUUCAAACAUCAUACACAGAUAUUUCUUAUUAAGGUGAAGUGUAGUUACCAGGAACCAUAACUCUUUCUUUAGAUUUUUCAUAGUUAUUGGCCUUUAUUCAAUUUUACACUUAGUUUUUGUCUGGAACAUAUCUACAUUAGUAUUUGAGGUAUUGACU